UGUUCUUCACUUGCAUUCUGUCCCAGGAGUGUGGGGUCUCUCACAAAGCACAAGGAAAAGCAGACAGACCUGUGGUUCUGGGAGAAUGGGAGAACCUGUGCAAAUAAUGGUGUUUGUGAUGGCUUUCGUCACCUGCAACGCCCUCCUGGAUCUCACUGGUGUCCACCAGGUCCAGGGCACAUGGAUGGGAUCUGUCACUUUACCAUGUACCUACAUGCCCUCAGAUGGUUUCACACAGCAAACGCUAAUCUGGAGCAUGGAGAGAGACCACAGCACCUCCACCAUCUUUAGGAGGGACUAUUCCGGUGACCACAUCCUGCUGUCUCAAUUCCGAAACCGGGUCAAUGUCCCAAAGCACAGCCCAGGAGAUGCCUCACUCUUAAUUGAGAACCUUGAAAUCCCUGAUAGUGGACACUACACCUGUCAAGUCAUCUGGAGGACUAAAAAUAACAGCAUGAUCACAAGGGAGGUGACCACUACGGUUAAAGUUGUCAAAGUGGCAGCAACCAAGCCCAUCAUCAGGGCCGGAAAACUGGGGCUGACAGUACCCACAGGAGCCAGGACCAGUCUGACCUGUGUGGCCAGCGGGUCCCCCCCCAUCAGCUACCGCUGGUUCAGGGGCACCCCGGGACAGAAAGCCCUGCUGCUGAGCAGGCAGGCUGAGCUGGUGUGGGACAGCCUGCAGCCCUCCGACACUGGGAAGUACUACUGUGAGGCAGAAAACAGGGCUGGGGCCGGGGCUGUGCAGCAGAGUGACGCUGUUGAGCUCACAGUGACAGUCUCUCCCACAGGGUCCCCAGUCACACAGCUGCCCACCCCUGGGACAGGCCAACACACCAGAUCCCUGUUCACCCCUCAAGGCAAUGUGUCCCAGCCAGUGACCACAGGUCUGACCGCAGUGAAGCAGCUCUCCGAAGGGGGUUCAGAGGAACCUCCCUUUGCCACUGGUCACUCCGCACCCCGAUACGCGCUGGCGGCCGCGCUGGUGGUGGUGCUGGGCCUAGCCGUGCUUGGAGUGCUCCUGACAGCACGUCGGUGCCGGCGGCGGAAUGCGGAAGAACUUCUCUAUGAAGUUGCUUUCCACAGCACUGCAGAUGUCACCAGACUGGAGGCAGAAGUGGAAGUACCUGUUAAGUGCCCACACAAAGAUACAAAUUCGAAGACUGAAACAUCCAAUGACACUUUCACUGUGAAAGACAAUGGCCUUGACAGCAUCCACAUGAGGAAAAAUCCUGAGUAUGAGAACCUUAUGAAUGCAAUGGAAUCGGAAUAUGAAACAGAAAGAAUUUAGCAGAGUACCAUCUUUUGCAUAUGAGUGGUUGUGCAGGCUGCAGAUAUUGAAUGGUAAACUUCACCAAAGGAAACUCGUCUUCUUGUCUACCUCCUGCUCUGACAAAUAUACCAGUCUCCCUUUAACCUAGCUCACUAACUUCCUUUAACCCAGAGGAACUUUCCUGGGCUUUGGCAAAUGAGGCCUGCCCGUUGGUGCAGAAACCCUCCACCAAGUGGUUCUCUACCUGGUUCUGUAGAGCAAAUAAUUUCUCAGCAGCCUGAAGGUCCAAGAUGAGGAAGAUUGGAUCUGAAGGAGUAGAAACACAAACGUCUUUAGCCUGGUGUAGCUGAGUGCAACAGUGCCAAUAACACUAGCAAGGUGUACUCUCAAGGGCAUAUUCCCCUGUUUGUACAUCCCAGACUGCAAGGAGCCAUGAACUGUGCUGGAAAUGGUUGUCCUCUAGCUUUACAACUCAACAAAUAUUGGUUGUACA